AUGCACAAUCAUUCAUAUUUUAGUCAUGCUGAUGAUCGCGUUAAUUUAUAUUCAUUUCAAUUGAAUUGUAAGAAACAUAGGGAUGUUCGAUUAGUUGAAAAUGGUCCAUCUUGUCAUGCGAAAAAUGCGAAAAAAACUAUCGAGAAAGCUAGCAGCAUUGCUCAGAAAGCUGCAGAGGAAGCUAAAGCUGCCUCAGAAGCUCAAAAUAUGGCUGGUCAGCAGGCAGCACGUCAAGUGAAAGCACAAUUGGCAGAGAAGGCAUUGCAAGCUGCAAGAGCUGCUGAGACAGCAUUGUCGGGGAAAGAAGCAAUGGUUCAGCAAUUAGAAGAAGAAGUGAAGGAAUCUCAAACAGUCGUUCAAGAAGAAAUGGAGUCUCUACAGCAAGCGAAAUCUAACAUUAACGCUGCCAUCGAAGCUGCCAAAGAGUCACAAGAUCAGGUGAAAAUACUCACACGCGCGAUGCAAACGGCGAAGGGAAACGCAGCGAAUUCCAAAUCGGCGGCAGACGGUGCCCAAAAGUCAUUACAUGAGAAGGAAGAAUUACUCGAGGCGGCAAAGAGACGUCUCGAGGAACUGACCAACGAAUUACGAAUUGCUAAGCAAGAUUUAGCAAAUACAAAUCGUGCUGCGGCCCAAGCAAAUGAGGCAGCUCACGAAGCGAAGGCCAAUGCAAAUCGCAACAAAAGGAAGUCGUUGUUACGCUCGAGAUCCUCCGAGAAUUCAAACCGGAAGUAUCGACAAACUGGAAAAAAUAAAAUAGAAAGGAGAAGAAGAAGAAGAAGAAGAAGAAGAAGAAGAAGAAGGAGAAGGAAGUUAACUUGAAAGCAAAGUGACGUUUCUUUUUCUUUUCUCAAAUCCCUAAUAUAGAUUAUAGAUAAAAAGAGCACUACAUUUAGUUUCUAAUUGCCACUGCCCGACGACCUGUUUUUUUUUUCUUCCUUUUUUCUUUUUUCUUUUUCUUUUUUUUUUCUUUUUCUUUUUCUUUUUUUUUCUUUUUUUUUCUUUUUUCCUUUUAUAAUAAUAUUUAU